AUGUUUUCCAAUCGUAUCAGGCUAUUCCCAAGGAGAAAGCUGGGCGAGGACGAAGGCCCUCAGAAGGGAAGACUGCCGCUCGUGAUUGACAUCACGACUCUUCAAAACCUGUACGGAGUUCCACUCGUUAAGGCUGCAAAGAUCCUCGGCAUCUCUCUCACCACGCUCAAGCAAGUCUGCCGCAGGCUGGGAAUUCAGCGAUGGCCAUACCAGAAACCUCGCAAGGUCGAGACCGUUUUGCUGCCCCCGUCACUCACUGAUAGGGCGAUCAAGAGCUCCCUGUCCGAUGUCGGUGAUGGUGUAGAUGAGACUGUCGAGUCUAUUGAAGUAGAGCACGAGGACGAAUCAGUAGCUGACAGCGAGGCUCAUAGAGCUCCUCUUUCUCCUGACUGGGAGAUCCGUGACGCCAGCUCCGAGGACGCUGAAGAAUCUUUGGUCCCCGAGGAGCUAGUGCCUAUUGCACCUGAGUGGAUUCAUUGGUACAUCGAGUGCACAGACGGGAUGGUUUGA